GUGACGUUUGUGUUGGUUCAAAGGGUGAUGUCUGGGCGAGAAUUUAAGAUGGUUGGAAACGCUCCUGAGAUGGGCAGUUGGGUCCUUUCUAAAGUGGAGAACAUGACACAGACUCCUGUAGAUGUCUUGGCCAGUGCUGUGACAUUGAGGAAGGGAAUAGCAUACAAGUACAAGCCAUACGUAGUGGACUCUGUGACCGGUUUCACCGAGUGCUUCGCUCACGAGGAACGCCCCUUAACUAUUCCGGAGGAUUAUUCCAAGUCUAAUUAUGUGGAAACAGUGUUUUAUAGCUUGGACUGCGGUUACGAGUGCCAUAACACCCCUGCUUGCUCCCUCCAUGGUGACCGUAGUCGCCAGGUUAUGUGAUAAUAGGAAUGUAAUAAUGAAGUGCACCAACUUAUAAUCUUUCUCAACGUUUGUUGAAAAAAUAAGCAUUGUACUUCGUAUAUAUAUUACGUUGAUACAAUAAGCCUUGCACUGCGUAUCUAUGUAUCAUCUGUCGUAUGAGCGAAAAUAUAAAACUGCACCUGUCGUUACCCUUGCUAUGUCUUUUCUUCAAUAA